UGUGAAAUGUGGUGAAAAUCUUUGCAUUUGUGUGCUAUCAAACGAGAGAACAAUCUUAAUGGAUCCUGAUUUGUAUGAAGCUGUACAAGAGGGCAAUCUAAAUGCCAUGAGAGAAAAGAUGGAACUUAUCAGCACCACUCAAUUGACACCAAACAAGAAUACUUUACUCCACGUUGCUGCCCAGUUCAACAGCUCCGAGGAAUGCGCAUCAGAAAUACUCAAGAUAAAUGGAUCCUUACUCCAUGAAGUGAACUCAGAUGGGGAGACUGCGCUCCACGUUGCUACAAGAAAUGGCAUGGAGAAUGUUGGGAUAGUGAUGAUGGAAUUUGCGAAGAGAAUUGAUCGAGAGCUUGAAGCUGGAGGCGUAGACGAAAAACUCAAAAGGUUGCUAACAUUGAAAAAAAUAUACAUGGAGACACUGCACUGCAUGAGGCUAUAAGGAAUAAUCGUCCAUCUAUGGU